AUGUCGACAAACAAGAGUGUUACAUUGCUAAACAAUUUGAAGCCGAGGUUGACUAAAUCGCGUGUGCAGGUUAAGCUGAUUCAUUCAUGGAAACAAACCCCUCCCUAUGCUAAUGAUCAAACACUCGAAAUGGUUUUCGCUGAUGAGACUGGUGUUAAGAUCCAUGCAUCAUGCAGCAGAUCACACAUGUUUCGGACUGAGCGUAACCUUCGUAUUGGAGAGUGGGCAGUCAUUGAAAACUUUAAGGUUUCCGGUGUGGGCAAAGGGAAAUUCCGACCAACAAAUAAUCAGUAUAAAAUGACUAUCACCGGUGUCUCAGUUUACAGCAAAUCCGACCAUCAAGAUGAUAGCAUAUUUUUGACAUUAGCUGAUUAUGAAAACAUUUUAAAGGGGCUUCAAGAUGUUAACAUUCUCAUUGACAUAAUUGGUCAACCGUAUGACAUUUCUGACGUUCAAAUAAUUCAAAUCAAAGGUGAAGAUCGAAAGAGAGUGCAGUUUCGCAUGAGAGACCUCAGUGGUAACGAUUUGGCUUUUUGUCUUUGGGGAUCAUAUGCUGAGCAAGUCGAAAAUGCUGUUCUAGAAUCAAACGAAGUUUGGUUAUUAAGGUUUGCCAAAAUCAACACUUUCAGAGGUGAAAUUCAAAUUACUAAUGCAUUUGAUGCAUCCAUCUUGGAUCUGAAUCCAACAGUGGCUGAGGCUGUGGAGAUGAGAAAAAGGCUAGAAGAUAAUCCACUUCCUCUUGCUCUAGCUAACAAGAAGGAUGAGAAAAGAGAAAUCAUAAAUAUUGUGGAUGAUUGGAAUGAUAUUGGGAUUACAAUGAUCUCUGAACUUGCCAAUGAUACUGAGCUCGAGAAGACUAAGAUCAUAUGUUCAGUUAAGGCAAUUGAUACAGACUGGAAUUGGUUCUUUUUUGGAUGUAAGAGAUGUUGGAAUGGUACCACUAGGAUCACUGGAAAGGGUAACAAAACAGACAAACCCUUAUUCCAUUGCCCUAAGUGUCAUUGCAAUGUUACUAAUGUUGAACCAAGAUUCAAACUUCAUAUGAUUGCUGAGGAUGACACUGGAACAUGUAAACUAAUGAUGCUUGAGAGUGUUGCUAAAAGCAUUGUUGGUUGUGCCGCUGUUGACCUAUGGGAUGGUUCAUAUGAGGAGGUUUUAUCCAUUAAAGAAAACACUCAACUUUCAUCAGAUUGUUCAACUCCUCUCUCUAAAAGAAAAGAUGAUGAUGCAAAUCUACCAGAGAUGAAUUCAACUUCAAAGAAGAUUUGCCUCAUCCAAAUCAAGCUCGAGAAGACUAAAACCGAUUAG